AUGGUCACACAAAGCAUAAACGAUUUUAGUCGCAUCUUUCGUUACACCUCCCUUUUAUUUUGGCACGACCCUGCAUUUGAGGUGCCUUCGGCUCCGCUACUAGCAUUUGAAGACUACUCCCGCCCAUCCACCCCACCUUUUCCCUCACCACAGCACCACCCAUCUCCCCGCACAGCCACCCUGCGCACCCAACUCCCGCUCACAGUGCACCUUCCCGCCGUCCGCCCAUCACCUCAAACUGCGCUGCGCACACAUACUGCCCCUUUGCCCCACCCGCACUCCGCCCACUUAGGGCGCGUAGGCAAGAGUUGCUUGCUUUUAAGAUUUACCACCGACACGUUCGACGAUCUUUCGCCGACCAUCGGUGUGGACUUCAAACUUAAAUCAGUGACCGUCAACGGCAAGCGGAUCAAGCUAACAAUAUGGGACACAGCCGGUCAGGAGCGAUUCCGUACGCUCACAAGCUCGUAUUACCGUGGAGCCCAGGGAAUUAUCCUGGUGUACGACGUGACGCGGCGAGACACGUUCACGAAUCUGUCGGACGUGUGGCUCAAGGAGAUCGACAUGUACUCCACCGUCUCGGACUGCGUCCUCAUGCUGGUCGGCAACAAGGUCGAUAAGGAGUCGGAGCGGCAAGUGGCCAAGGAGGAGGGCAUAGCGUUUGCACGGCAGUACGGCUCGCUCUUCCUCGAGUGCUCCGCCAAGACACGUCUCAACGUGCAACAGUGCUUCUCCGAACUAGUACAGAAGAUCAUAGAGACGCCCUCGCUGGUGGCGCACAACACGCACGCCACCAAAGUGCUGCGCAACUUGCAAGCAGAGUCUAACCCCGUCUCCGACCCCAGUGGCAGCUGUGGGUGCUGA